AUGCUCUUUCAAGCUGCUGACAAGUUACAACUUAACAUCAAAUGGAAUCAAGUCUCCCUUCACACCGUCUUUGAAUUUCCUCUUCUGAAGGUUUGCACCUAUGAGGGUCCUAAUGAUGAGCCUCCAAAGGUUAGUUGGAGGAACUUGCUGGUUCGCGAUGUUUACGUUCUUGAUCCACAAUUACGUCGUUGUCGUGCUCGUACCCUUUCGGAACGUCGAUCCAUUUCCAAUCGGAAUCGUGUUGUCACCUUUUUAAAGGACAUUGACACACAUGGUGCAUGGAGUCUCAAAGUUUGUUUUCGGCGUUUGUUACUUUUUCCGUAUUCCUCAACACCAUCACCUUACUUUGAUCACGCAUUCCAUCGACUUUUGGCUCGCACAACUCACACCGGUCUGGAUCUUGUCACUUUCACCCGCAAACAAUUUCGCUACAGCCUCUUGAUUCCUUUUCACCAACUUCCCAGCAGCUAUCCACGUGCUUCAAAAUCCGAAUGGCGACGUUUUUGGUCUGCACCUUUCCCACACCGCAUCAUUACGGUUCUUUGGCGCCUCCAUCACCUUCGAAUACCAUGUCGAGCACGUCUACAUCACCUUGCUCCCACCAUCGCCCCUUCACCACUUUGUCAUAUCUG